AUGUUUAGAAAGAAAAAGAGCAAGCGGGAAAGACCUGAAUUUCCUCACGACCUUAAUGCUCUAGGUUAUAAGAUCGAUGAUGAAGAGCAACGAUUAAGAACGAUAAACGGCGAACUGUACGUAUUCGAAGUAAAGGAUAGAGCAUAUAAUGAAGCUCUAUACGACAAAUUAGUCGAGCUCGUGAGCGAAUACGUGGAAGAGCAACUGCGAUCAAAGUAUAACAUGGUCAAGAUGAUCCUACCGAUCGGAACGUCGGAAGAAGCCGUGCAUACUAAAAUAUACGUCAGCUCAGAUUACCUGACCAAAGAGAGCAUGAUCGUAUUCAUACCAGGACUUUCCAACAAAUUUGGAAUAUGGGCUAAACGAUCUAUGACGGAACACGGUGUCAAAGACGGAUCUGUGCUUUCAUACACCGAGCGCGCGAUGAAUAUGGGGUUUUCUGUCGUCGUUACUAAUCCCAACGAGAUAUACUGGCAUAAGAAUAAACCAACGGCAACUAAAACUCCUUAUGUCACGGUUCCAGAAAAUGAUUCGCCAGAAGUCCACGUUGAUUACGUAUUUCGGCACUUUGUAAUCCCCUCAGCUGCCCAGAAUAUAUUCGUCGUUGCAAACAGUUACGGUGGUUAUAGUUUUGUAGAGGUCAUGCAGAAGCAUUUCUCGGAAUUAAAAGACAGAGUAAAAGCGGUAGACUUUACCUCGAGCACCCACUCGAUCGAUGCGGUUAAAUCAUAUAAAGUCAAGAAUUGGAUUCGAGAGCAUUGUAGAAACUGGGUUGUGUCUGAUAAGAAACUCGGUGAAGAGGUGAUCGACCCACGCUUUGGAUGCGUUAAUUACUCAGGCGGAGACGAUUUAAUAGAAUAUCUCCUCAGAACUUGCGAAUCCGAGACCUUCUCUUACUUCCAUCAAAGGCUUACAGCCCCUUCACCUUCAUCAGACAGUUAUGUCGAGCCUGAGGAUAUUUCGGAAACGGAGCUGUUACGAGAGGCAGAAGCUAUAUUACAACAGGGUGGAGUGGAGAUUCAAAGUUGGGCGGCGCAUGUCGACGAAGACGGUUGGGGUGAAGAACCUAAAAUUCAAAACGGAGCACAAGUGGCGACUGGACAACCUUUAGAUACCGUUAAAGUAAGAAUGCAAGUGUAUCCACAUCGAUAUAAAAAUCCAUUCGACUGCAUUGUGAGAACCGUUCGAGAAGAGAGCAUUUUCGCCUUAUAUAAAGGUAUGGCGAGUCCAUUAAUUGGGAUAGGAGCAGUGAAUGCUUUACUGUUUGCCGCGUACUCAAAGUUUAAACAGAUUCAGAAUCCCUUCAACGACGAGCUGGAGAUCUGGCAGAUUGCACUCGCUGGCGCAGGAGCGGGAGCGGUCAAUUCAGUCUUGGCGUCACCUGUUGAACUUUUAAAAGUGCGUCUUCAAGCGCAAUAUACUCCUCUGUCCGCUUCGGCUCCACCGACACUGAAACAAUACAAAGGUCCGGUCGAACUCGCAUCGCACUUGGUCUCAACCCAUGGUAUUCGCCAUGGUCUAUUUCGUGGAUUUUGGGCAACUUUUUUGCGAGAAAUUCCGGCUUAUGCCGGAUUUUAUGCCGGAUUCGAGUACAUGAAGAGGGAGUUUGGAGGAAGUCAUGGGAAAGAAUUGGGAGUUGGACAGUUAAUGGCUGCUGGGGCCGUUGGUGGUGUGUGUUAUUGGCUGAGCUGUUAUCCAUUGGACGUCGUUAAGAGUAUGGUACAGGGUAGCGAAAAACCUCUAGAGAGAUUCUAUGUUUUAAAGACUUUGAGAUCAAUUUAUCGUCAAGACGGUCUACGUGGAUUUAUGAGAGGAAUUUCACCUACGAUCGUGAGAACUAUCCCUGCUGCAGGAGCUACGUUUACCGUCUAUGAAUUUUCGAUGAGAGCUCUGAAUAAAAUGUGA